GGGAGGGGGCACGUCAGUGGCCGCCGAGGCUAGCGCGGGAGGAGGCCGCGCUUCGCUCCCCCGGCCGAACCGACUGCUCGACUGCCGGCCCGCCCGCGCCCAGGGGCCCCCGAAAGGUGGGGCCGGGCCAGCGGCUGAGGCCUGUCUCGUUGGUUCUCAGGUGCCAUGAGGAAGCUUCGCCGGAAAUCGCGGCAGAAUGCCGAGGGCCGGCGCUCCCCAUCCCCCUAUAGUCUGAAGUGCUCACCCACUCGGGAGACCCUGACAUAUGCCCAGGCCCAGCGGAUUGUCGAGGUGGACAUCGAUGGACGUCUGCACCGUAUUAGCAUCUAUGACCCACUCAAGAUCAUCACAGAGGAUGAGUUGACCGCCCAGGAUAUCACUGAAUGCAACAGUAACAAGGAAAACAGUGAGCAGCCUCAGUUCCCUGGUAAGUCCAAAAAACCCUCAUCCAAAGGCAAGAAGAAGGAGUCCUGCUCGAAGUAUGCAUCUGGCACUUCUUUUCACCUCCCGCAACCCAGCUUCCGUGUGGUGGACUCAGGCAGUCAGCCAGAGGCUCCCCCCCUGCCUGCUGCUUACUACCGCUACAUCGAGAAGCCGCCUGAAGACCUGGAUGCAGAGGUCGAGUACGACAUGGAUGAGGAGGACCUGGCCUGGCUGGACAUGGUGAACGAGAAGCGGCGGGUAGAUGGGCACGGUUUGGUGUCAGCAGACACCUUUGAGCUGCUGGUGGACCGGCUUGAGAAGGAGUCAUACUUGGAGAGUCGUAGCAAUGGAGCCCAGCAGUCGCUCAUUGACGAAGAUGCUUUCUGCUGUGUGUGCCUGGAUGACGAAUGCCACAACAGCAACGUCAUUCUCUUCUGUGACAUCUGCAACCUGGCUGUACACCAGGAGUGCUAUGGUGUCCCCUACAUCCCUGAGGGCCAGUGGUUGUGCCGCUGCUGCUUGCAGUCUCCUUCCCGGCCUGUGGAUUGCGUCCUCUGUCCCAAUAAGGGUGGCGCCUUCAAACAGACCAGUGAUGGGCACUGGGCCCACGUUGUGUGUGCCAUCUGGAUCCCUGAAGUCUGCUUUGCUAACACCGUGUUCCUGGAGCCCAUUGAGGGCAUUGACAACAUCCCCCCUGCCCGCUGGAAACUAACCUGCUAUAUCUGCAAGCAGAAGGGGCUGGGCGCAGCCAUCCAGUGCCAUAAAGUGAACUGCUACACGGCCUUCCAUGUGACAUGUGCACAGCGGGCUGGGCUCUUCAUGAAGAUUGAGCCUAUGCGUGAGACCAGCCUCAACGGCACCAUCUUCACAGUGCGCAAGACCGCCUACUGUGAGGCCCACUCGCCGCCAGGUGCUGCCACUGCUAGGAGGAAGGGUGACUCCCCUGGAAGCCUCAGUGAGGGUGGGGAGGACGAAGGACUGAAGGAGGGAUGUGGGGAGGAGGAAGAGAAGGAAGAGGUGGAAGAGGAAGAGGAAGAUGAAGGCCAAGGUGGGGUAGGCGGCUCCCUCAAGGGUGUGUCCAAGAAGAACAAGAUGACUUCGAAGCAAAGGAUCAAGAAGGAGCCAGAGGAAGUGGGCCGAGACACACCUUCUACUGUCCCCAUGGUCACUGUCCCACAGAUACCCUCUUACAGGUUGAACAAGAUCUGUAGUGGUCUCUCCUUUCAGAGGAAAAACCAGUUCAUGCAGCGGCUUCACAACUACUGGCUGUUGAAGCGGCAGGCACGGAAUGGUGUCCCCCUCAUCCGGCGCCUGCACUCCCACCUGCAGUCCCAAAGGAAUGCUGAGCAGCGAGAGCAGGACGAGAAGACAAGUGCGGUAAAGGAAGAGCUGAAAUACUGGCAGAAGCUCCGGCAUGACCUGGAGCGGGCACGGCUGCUAAUUGAGCUGAUUCGGAAACGAGAGAAGCUCAAACGGGAGCAGGUCAAACUCCAGCAGGCUGCCAUGGAGCUAGAGCUGAUGCCAUUCAAUGUUCUGCUGAGGACAACACUGGACUUGCUGCAAGAGAAGGAUCCCGCACACAUCUUCGCUGAACCUGUCAACCUGAGUGAGGUUCCAGAUUACCUGGAAUUCAUAUCCAAGCCAAUGGAUUUUUCUACCAUGAGGCGGAAGCUGGAGUCCCACCUGUACCGCACCUUGGAGGAGUUUGAGGAGGACUUUAACCUUAUAGUUACCAACUGCAUGAAGUAUAAUGCUAAAGACACAAUUUUCCACCGAGCAGCUGUCCGCCUGCGGGACCUGGGAGGGGCCAUCCUGCGGCACGCCCGGCGGCAGGCAGAGAACAUCGGCUAUGACCCCGAGAGGGGCACCCACCUGCCCGAGUCACCCAAACUGGAGGACUUUUACCGCUUCUCCUGGGAAGACGUGGACAACAUCCUCGUCCCAGAGAACCGGGCCCACUUGUCCCCGGAGGUGCAGCUGAAGGAGCUGCUGGAGAAACUGGACCUGGUGAGUGCCAUGCGGUCCAGUGGGGCCCGGACCCGCCGUGUCCGCCUGCUGCGCCGGGAGAUCAAUGCCCUUCGGCAGAAGCUGGCACAGCCACCGCCACCACCACCACCGCAGCCACCAUCACUGAACAAGACUGUGUCCAACGGGGAGCUUCCAGCAGGGCCUCAGGGGGAUAUGGCUGUGCUGGAGCAGACCCUGCAGGAGGAGCCAGAAGAUGAUGGGGACAGAGAUGAUUCUAAACUGCCUCCCCCGCCAACUCUGGAGCCCACAGGGCCUGCACCUUCCUUGUCUGAGCAAGAAUCCCCUCCGGAUCCCCCUACUCUGAAACCUAUCAGUGAUAGCAAACCUUCAAGCCGAUUCCUAAAGCCCAGAAAAGUGGAAGAAGAUGAGCUUUUGGAAAAAUCACCUCUGCAGCUAGGGAGCAUGCCCUUGCAACGCCUGCUAAGUGACAAUGGCAUCAAUAGGGUAUCCCUCAUGGCCCCCGACACAUCCCCUGCUGGUGCCCCACUCAGUGGCGUGGGUCGCCGCACAUCAGUCCUCUUCAGGAAGGCCAAGAAUGGGGUUAAGCUUCAGAGGAGCCCAGAUGGGGCCCUGGAGAACGGCGAGGACCACGGUGCAGUGGGCUCUCCGGACUCCCCUGCCAGCAUUGAGGAUGAACGGCAUUCCCGGAAGCGGCCCAGGAGCAGGAGCUGUAGUGAGAGCGAAGGGGAGAGGUCCCCCCAGCAGGAGGAAGAGACAGGUGUGACCAACGGCUUUGGAAAACACACCGAAAGCGGGUCUGACUCAGAAUGUAGUUUGGGUCUCAGUGGUGGACUGGCAUUUGAAGCUUGCAGUGGUCUGACACCCCCCAAACGCAGCCGAGGGAAGCCAGCCCUGUCUCGAGUGCCCUUCCUGGAAGGUGUGAAUGGAGACUCUGACUACAAUGGCUCAGGCAGAAGUCUCCUGAUGCCCUUUGAAGACCGCGGAGAUCUGGAGCCCCUGGAGCUGGUGUGGGCCAAGUGCCGAGGUUAUCCCUCCUACCCCGCCUUGAUCAUCGACCCCAAGAUGCCCCGGGAGGGCCUCCUGCACAAUGGUGUCCCCAUUCCUGUUCCCCCACUGGAUGUGCUGAAGCUGGGAGAGCAGAAGCAGGCCGAGGCUGGAGAGAAGCUCUUCCUUGUCCUCUUCUUUGACAACAAGCGCACCUGGCAGUGGCUUCCGAGGGACAAAGUCCUGCCCCUGGGUGUGGAAGACACUGUGGACAAGCUCAAGAUGCUGGAAGGCCGCAAGACCAGCAUCCGCAAGUCAGUGCAGGUGGCCUAUGACCGCGCGAUGAUCCACCUCAGCCGAGUGCGGGGGCCCCACUCCUUUGUCACCUCCAGCUACCUGUAAGGGCGGGGCCUGGCCUGCAUCUGUUUGCCCUGCCUCCGUUCCACGGGGCACAGGAAGCCUGUUCCUGCCCCAGCCAGACAAAUGGCCGGCAGCUUCCCCUCCCAUGGCAGGCCGGGGACCGGGCUGUGUCCUCCCCAAGAGCAAGGCCCUAGUUUUGACCAACUGCAUGGUUCCCGCGGUGGGCCUGCUGUGUGCCAAAACCUCCCACCUGAGCUCCUCCAGGGCCAUUCUGCUGAUGACUAGUUAGGAGCAGAAGCAGCUGUGAGGCUUGGGCCCAGCUGAGGGAUAGACCUGGCCCAGUGGUGAGAGGUCCCGGGCUCUUUCUCACGGGUGUGCUGGCCCCUCCACUCCACUCCCAACUAACUACACCUCAGGGCGAGCGAGGCCCUGACACGACCCCAGAGGUGCUGUGCAUCCCUAGGGCUGCGCAGGGAACCUCUUGGAGCCUACCUUCUCUCUCCCUCCGUCACCCAUCCUCAUUCCUCUUCCCUGUCCCAUCUUCACCUCUGCCCAGUCUCUCUUCUUCCCGUGUUCCUUUCCCUACUUUCUCUUGUGCCAAACUGACAGAAACCAUCACCAGACUGAUCUUUUUCUUUUUAUGUCUCAUUCCCUUUGAGGCCAGCUGUUAGGUGGGUCCCUCAACCUGGCCCCUGGGGGCCCAGGACAGAGGCCAGCCCACCCCCUUGGGUGACCCCCUCACGAGCACACCCACACCCCUUCAUAUCUGCUGUAGACAACAGCUGAGGCCAAGCUGCAAGAGCUUGCCCCUUGGGUUCGAGGCAGGGCCCCUCCUGCCCGCUUCCAUCUUGCCAGGAGGCGGGCUUCUGUCAGCAGCCCAGGCUGGGGUGUGCAUGUCCAUUGGUCCACUUGGGUUCUGGGGCUUGUUGGGGUGAAGCUGGUGCCCUUUGGCUGGGUCUGCCCUCUCACCCCUCCUGCCCUCUCCUUGUGGGCUUUUCCUUUUCUGCAGCGGCAGCCUCUUGCCUCUGCUCCACAUGGAUGGCGCGGUGCCUGCACUUCAGCACCUUCUGUCUUGCGCCUUGCUCCCCCCAGCCUCUGCUGCUCCGAACUCCAGGGAACGCAGCACUUUUAUUUCAAACCCUCAGUCUCCUUCCCUCUUUUCCUUCAACCCCCUCACCACCUUUACCUUCUCAGAAACAGAAGGGAAGAAAAAAACUGUGAAACGGGGAAUGCUGACUGACAAACCAACACAACUUUCAGAGGCUUCGAUGUCUGUUCUCUGGAUGUUCCUUUCACCUCUUAAGCACCAAAGUCGCAGGGCCAGGUUGCAGGCCACUGAUCGCCAUGUUGAUUUUUAACCUGAUGUUCUUUUUAAUUGUUUUAAAUUUUUCGUAGGGGAGUUUUGGACAAAACGAAGUCACUGGGGAGAUCACUGCCAUUUUUACAUACUUGACUUUUUAAAAAUACAACCAACCAACCGCCACGACUUCUUGUACAUUUGGGACAUGAGCCAGAGUUUACAAGGGAACCAACAAAACUCUCUAUAACAUAAAGGAUGGGGUUUUGGAUUUUGUACAAUAAUAAAACUACAAUGCAGCCUAUGGCUAGGGAAGGACAUGAUGUAUAUAAUUGUAAAAUACUGUUCUAAAUUAUUCAGGCCUAUAGUUUCCAUUACUGGAGUCCUCCAUUGUGUGGCUGAGUAUUUGACAUGCACACAGUGUGGUUUAUUUUAAGGAGCCAGUGCGCCCCCCUCUCCCCAGGUAGUUGGUUGGCUGUGGACUCUGUGACUUUUGUCUCAACCUGUGUUGUAAGAUCUCGGGGCUCUCGUGCUUUCUCUUUCUGUGUCUCUUUCUUCCCCAAUCUCUUCCUUCUUUUCUUAGUCUCUCUUUUUUUUUUCAAUCUCUUUGACUCUUUCAGUCUCUCUCUGAGUCUCAUUUUUAAAACUGCUCUUUUAGAAUGGGAAACGGCUCAGAUCCUGCUGUGGCAUGGGGCCUAUGUGUCUCAGUCGCAUCUGCUGUGAAGCACACGAUGCUCUAUUUAUUGUAGAAAGUGACUUUAUUUGCUUUCUAGAAUUGUUUAUAACAGAUGGUAUAAGAGAGGUAAUAAACAGAGAAGAAUCUAUGCUUGUAAAGAAUACAAAAGUUAAUUUUACCUACUAUAAUAUGACUGUCUGAAACUUAUUUUCUCUCUGAGAAAUAAAUGUUCUAAUGGGCAGCAGUUGCUGUGUUUGAUGUCAUCAGUGGGUCUGCUCUCUUCCUAAUCUCUGCAGCCUUCCCCAUCAUCAGGAAGCCAGGGGCCAUUAAGAAUGGGGUCGUCUAGCUGUUGUAGAGCCUCAGCUGGAAAGGGUUCUGUCUGUUUCCCUGCCUCUCUGUUUAUUGGACCCCUGAGAGGGGUGCCAAGAUGGUUUCUGACAUUUUCCUCCCUAACAACACUGCGUGCUGUUUGCUGUGGCAGGUCCAGCUUACUUCCCAUGCCUCAGCUUCCCUAUGGCCUCAUUCUCUCAGGGGCAUCCUGAUUCAGUGGGAGAACUGGCCCUUUGGACACCUGGGGCACCUGUUCACCCAAACUGCGCAAUCGGAGACUCUAGGCUGCUUCCAGCUCCUCUGCCCGCUAUUGCCCUUCUCAUUCAGGCAGAGAGGGAGCCAGGACACUUAGCAGAAUGUGAACCCAGCUCCUUUUACAGCUGGAAGGAAGCCUUGAGCUUACCUGGUAUUCAUUUUGCAGACAUGGAAACAGGUCAGCAGGAUUAAAGACUCGUCUGUGGUGAGCCAGCCAAGAAAUGGUGGCAGAUUCGUGGGACAAGGGCCUGGCCAAGGCUUUUCUCGCGGGCUCCAUAGCACUUCAAGGCUAUGCCAGCCUGUUGUGUACCUCCCUCCCCUCUCUUAGUGGCUGUGGCCCCAACAUUUUGGAAAGGGAUAUCUUGAGCUGAAGCAGGGGCAGAGUUCCCAGGGACAGACUGGUCGCUGGGCCUAGGAUGGCUUGUCCCUGUCCCAUUCUUUCCAGUUCUGCCUGGCUCCUGUGCUUCCUGGGAGUUGUGUGUGUCAGUGUGUGGCUGGAGGAUGUGGGAGUUUCCUGAUCUCCUCCACCAGGCCUUUGAAAUUCUUGUCAUUGAAGUCACUAAAGUGUAAAGGUUCUCAAUCUAGUAUAACAUUAACAAAGUAUCUGUAGUGUACUCAUAGUCCUUCUAUUACCUGUUGAGGUGCAAAGUUACACAUCUCUAGUCCACACUGCAACCUAGGUAGACACAUUGCAGACAACUCUGAAAAAGAAGAAUGAAGCAAUUAAUUCAAAUCUUGAAAAAAUGGUAAAAAUCCCUAUAUGUGAAUUUAUAUUGCGAAUUACAAAAGCAAUUUAGAGCAAAAUUACAAACUCACCCGUUAAAACAUUUUGGAAAUAAAGGGAAGAUGACCAGAUGAAUAGGAUGUUAGCAGAGGAGGUAAAAAACCCUGUAUAAAUAGAUGAGGCAGCUUAAACAAAAGGAGGCCUCAAGGACAUAUAGUGUGUAUUCCAGCUCCAGUUGCUAACUGCCAUCCCCUUUGACUGGAAGCAGUUUAAGAGGUGAGGCAGUAUGUAAGGAGUGAGAGCCCUGUCACUCACUUGCUGUGUGACCUCAAGCAUAGUGCUGUAUCCCUCUGAGCCUCUCUAAGGCUGACUUAGUAGAGGACCCUGAAUGCAUUAGUUGAGGCACUAGUACUGGGUAGAUGGCAGCAUCUACUGAAGGAUUUAAAUAGAGAAGAAACUUAAUUGGAAUUUGGCAACAUCAGAGUCCAAGAGGAGUGUUAACACGAGGUCACUGUGUGGCUGGAGGGGACCAGCAGUGGGUUUGCGGGGAAGAAAGAAGAGUUUAGUUUUUGAUGAGUUUGUGUUGCCUACAGGACAGCUGAGAAAACCCCCCAGCAAGCAAAUGGAACUGGACCUGGAGUUCCAGAGGAAGGUAGGAGCAGAUGACGUAUGCAGGGCCGCUGGAGCCCAACAGGGUAGUUAGGAGAAGGGCCAAGUAGAGCGAGGGGGAAGGACAGUUGAGGAGAGUCCCUUAUAUUGAGAGCUGGGGCUGGGGGACAGGAUGAAGACAAGUGCCUUCAGAGGGGUUUGGUCCCCAGGGAGGGCCUCCUGCAGACAAUGUCAAGCCCUGAGGGUCAUCGAGUGCCCACCUCCCCCAACUCAUUUCACAGAGAGAGUCAGGUUAGGUGUGCUCAGCAUCACAGAGCAGGAAGAGGCAGUGCUGGACCAGAACCUAGAACCCAGCACUUUGCUGUCUUCACACCCACAUAUUCAGAGCCCUUGAGAUGAGUAGAAGUUUCCUUAAUGUUUUCAAUGUUCUGAUUAAAAUAUAUGGCCUCAAGUCUGAAAUAUUAUGACACUGGACCAUGUGGGGGCACUCUGAAUAGGAUAGGAAGUCUCGCUUUCCUGACAAGUUUAAAAAUAACAUUAAAAGCAUCUGCCAAAACCCUGGUCAGCUUGGCUGCUUUCAUUAAUGUAAUAGUUGCCAUUAACACUUGAGUGUGAAUUUGUCUUUAGACAGGCUCUCCUGACGUGGCCAGUCGGUGAACUUUGACUUUGAGAAAAGGGUGGGGCGGGUGAGUGGUAGGACUGCUGGCCUCUGGGACAGGUGCUGAAGGGAGAGAGUGUAGGGCCUUAUCUCUACGUUGUCCGAAGGGCAGUGAAUGUGGCCAUCUGGUCCUGCCAACUGCAGCUGGUCUGACCUUUACCAGGGGCAAGGGAAGGAGAACAUUGGAGGAGGAAAAUGGUUUCUCUGAAGGAUGGGGAAGUUUCUGCCUCCCUGUGUGUUGGGGAAGACAGGCCAGGUUUGAAUCUGGGCCAGGGCUGGAAGGGAGCUCUGACUUCACGUUGGCACUUGGAGGUUCCCUUCUGCUUGUCCUUUCCC